AUGGGAUUUUCCCACAUGCAGUUCAUGGGACGAAUUGCCGACAUUCUUGCUGAAGCCGGCCAUGAUGUGAAGAUCGGUUUGAAUCACAUCAUCGGCGCCUCGGCGGUGAGCAUGCCGGACACUGUCGGAGACUACUUCGACGUUCCUAGACUGCCGAGUGUUGUACCAUAAAUUCUUCAGAAAUUGUGGCACUGUCAUAAUAUCUCGGUAAAAGAAGAGGACUAUGUCAGCAAAAUGAAUUACUUACUGUUGAAUUCGGACGAGUUCCUCGAAUUCGCUCGUCCUAUCAGCGCCAAAGUGGUGCACAUCGGUGGUAUCGCAUUACCGGAGCCGAGCCCACUCCUCGAGGAACUUCAAAAAAUCAUGGAUCACAAUUACAGGUCUGGAGUGGUUUACAUUUCAUUUGGUUCUAUCGCGUCUACUAAAGAGAUGCCGCGAAAGUUUCGAAGAGCAAUUUUUAAUGUAGCGCGAGCUUUCGCAAUGUACACCUUCAUAUGGAAAGUCGACGAUGAUGAUGAUGAUGUCGAAUCCGUUUCAAAUCUGUACACAUUCACCUGGCGUUUAGCUCAUCGCAACCUUCGGUGUUUUGUGUCACAUGCCGGCCUGAAUAGCGUGCUGGAGCUGACGACUAGUGGCAAGCCUGCCAUACUUGUUCCGCUCUUCGCCGACCAAUUUCGGUAUAAAAAUCCCUUAUUAUUUUAG